GCCGCCAUCGCCCGGCCGGGCGCCCCGCGGCCUCAGGAAAGUGAAAGAGCUGCCGGGGCCUCAGCGCGCCGCUCCAGGAAGUCGCGAGCAGGAAGCGCCGGCGGCGGCCGGGCCGGGCGGCGGGGCGCGGGCCUGGGGGCGCAGAGAGCCGAGCCUCUGCUGGAAGGAAGAGGGGAGCCGAGACCCCACAGGACACCCCUGCGUGCUUCCCAGGAUCAAGAACCUAUUUAUGAAGCAUCUUAUUUCGUGACCGAAGCUCCACGGUCAGUGAGACGUAAAUGGCCCGACUUCCCCCCGGCAUUCGCUUCAUCGUCUCGUUCUCCAGGGAUCAGUGGUACAGAGCCUUCAUUUUUAUUUUGACAUUUUUGCUGUAUGCAAGUUUUCACUUAUCUCGAAAGCCUAUCAGCAUAGUUAAGGGUGAGCUGCACGGAGACUGCACAGCUUCAUAUGAGCGGGAGGUCAGAUUCAACAGCCAGAGCCAAAAAGCCGGGGACACCCCCGCUCACCAGCUCCCAGACAACGGGACCGACUGCGGCUGGGCCCCAUUUGAUGAGGGCAACUACCAGCAGCUGCUCGGCGCCCUGGACUACUCCUUCCUGUGUGCGUACGCUGUCGGCAUGUACCUCAGUGGCAUAAUAGGGGAACGCCUGCCUAUUAGGUAUUACCUAACUUUCGGAAUGGUGGCCAGUGGUGCUUUUACUGCCCUGUUUGGGGUAGGGUAUUUCUACAACAUCCACAGUUUUGGAUUCUACGUGGUGACCCAGAUCGUCAACGGACUGGUACAGACCACCGGCUGGCCCAGCGUCGUCACCUGCCUCGGCAACUGGUUUGGAAAAGGGAGGCGAGGUUUGAUUAUGGGGGUCUGGAAUUCCCACACCUCUGUGGGCAACAUUCUGGGAUCCUUGAUCGCUGGCUACUGGGUGUCCACAUGCUGGGGCCUGUCCUUCAUCGUGCCUGGGGCCAUCGUGGCAGCCAUGGGGAUAGUGUGCUUUCUCUUUCUCAUUGAACAUCCGAAGGACAUCGCCUGUUCUUCCUCCCUGGCCAUGCACCCAAAAGGCUACGAGAAUGGCACGCACAGAUUUCGGCUGCAGAAGCAAGUGCUAGCCGAGGAGAGGAACAAACCUCUGGACCCAGAGAUGCAGUGCUUACUGCUGUCGGAUGGAAAGCGCUCCGGCCACCAGAACCACGUGGUCAUUCUCCCGGCAGACGGCGGGGGCGGCAUCGCGGCCAUCAGCUUCGUAGGGGCCUUGAAAAUUCCCGGCGUGAUAGAGUUCUCUCUGUGUCUACUGUUUGCCAAGUUGGUCAGCUAUACCUUCCUCUUCUGGCUUCCACUGUACAUCACAAAUGUAGAUCACCUUGAUGUCAAGAAGGCCGGGGAGCUCUCCACCUUGUUUGAUGUGGGCGGGAUCUUCGGUGGGAUCCUGGCGGGUGUGAUCUCCGAUCGACUGGAGAAAAGGGCCUCCACCUGCGGCCUGAUGCUGCUGCUUGCAGCCCCGACGCUCUACGUAUUCUCUGCCAUCAGCAAAAUGGGUCUAGAAGCCACCAUCGCCAUGCUGCUCCUCAGCGGGGCCCUGGUCAGCGGGCCGUAUGCACUGAUCACAACCGCCGUCUCCGCCGACCUGGGGACUCAUAAAAGUCUGAAGGGAAACUCCCACGCCCUGGCCACCGUGACCGCCAUCAUUGACGGAACUGGGUCUGUAGUCCUCUGCACUAAAAGCUGAUCGUCCGGAGUCAUCACACCCACCUGAUGGCUGCAGGUCCUGCACCCGGGGUCUGGCUGAGACUCGGACUCCAUGGGCUCUGGUAGCCCCAGUGCACCAGGACAGAGGAGGUGGUCGCCAUGGAAACGGCAUGCAGGCACGUCCACCACUGUGUCUCCCCCACUGUUUCUCUGCUUCAGUGCUGCCCAAGUAGAUGGAAGCAAAGCAAGGCUCAAGUGGAAAUUCACACUGUUCCAGCAGAAAUUCUGUUCACAAGGGCGUUUACCCUGAUGUAUUUAUUAAAUGUUGGUUCCGACGGAGACAGAGCUUGACUAAUUGUGGACAAGCUGGUGCCUUCUCGCAAUUCACCAGAGCCAGACGGUUGCAGGGACACCAGUUCAUGUGUUUGGUGCGUUCACAGGGUUGAGAACUGCAUCCCAGUGGGCUGCAAGGCUGGCUGUUUCUAUAUGUUUAUGCAGAGCGAUUAAA